ACAUCGUGACGUCAUAGAAGCAAACAUGUCGUCCAGUCGGAAAAGGAUCGUUUGUUUACGCUCCGGUCUAUGGGGCAUUUUGUUUUAUUGUGUGUAUUCCCAUUUAAAAAUUGUUGUGGCGGAGGACGCGGACAGCUGCGACAACCUGAGACUUGGACAAUAUUUGUGUAACGAUCCCAAGAUAGACGAGAACACUCAGGAGCCUGAAAACUGCAGAGACACCACAGCUUGGGUGGAGUGUCUACCAGCUCCAAACAUCAUCUGUCGCCUGUCCAAUGGGACGGAGUUCAGGUUCAGUGGGAAGGAGGUGGGCUUUAACAAAACCAUUCCCUGCAGGAAUGUGAGUGGUUACUCAUACAAGGUGGCAGUGGCAUUGUCUCUAUUCCUCGGCUGGCUGGGGGCCGACCGCUUCUACCUGGGAUACCCUGCACUUGGGCUGCUGAAGUUCUGCACGGUCGGGUUCUGUGGCAUCGGAACGCUCAUCGACUUCAUCUUGAUCGCUAUGCAGAUUGUAGGUCCAUCAGAUGGAUCCGACUACAUCGUUGACUAUUACGGUGCCCGCCUGACCCGCCUGUCAAUCACCAACCAGACGUACAGGAAGCCGCACCUGUGAGGUCAUGAGAAGACGCCCGUUUUCAGAUGUCACUUUGUAUAUGAGAGCCAGCAGACUCGACUUGAUGAGAUACUUCUUGUUGUUUCUACUUUACAAAAAGGUGAUAUCGUCACAACAUAUGAUAGCAAUGCACAGAUAGCAUGCCAAUGCACCCUGAGUGGCUGUGAACGGUAUAGUGAUGUCACUAUACAGUAAGUGCUAUGACCUUCUGACAUGAUUGUGAUUCAUGCUGUCUUUAAAAUGUAAAUUAUGUCUUCAAGUUCCUCCAUAAGAAGUAAAAUGUCUUUUUUUUUUAAAGAAACGACUUUAGUUACGUGUAAAGUGUCAUUUGUUAAGUUAUAAAAGUGUAAACAAACUAUUUAAAUCAUGUCCAUGUCGUUUAUUGGACACUAGAGGGCGCUAACACUUAGUGUUGUGCUACAAAAUAGGUCUUUCAUUUUAAUGCUGGAAACAAUUGAAUACAAUCAUUGUAUUUCAAGAUGAAAUGAGCAACAAAUAUAAAAAAAGUCUAUAAUAUUCACUGUGUGUUUAUGUGUGAGCGUAUGAAAAGACAUCCUGUCCCAGCUGGGAAGCAAUUGUUCUUUAAGAAAUAUGUCCAACAGAGUUUGGAAGGUCACAUGACCUGCUACAGGAAGAGGAAGUGCCCUCCCGAGGGAGGAGUCAGCCUGUCAAAGUAAAUGUCAAAAAGAUGAAGAAUCAUAUUUAAACUUCAUUUGAACAACCUUGAAGAUGUGACUUCUCACUCACCUGGCCGCCAACUAGUGUGUACGUGCCGCAUGAAUAAUUCAAGAGCUGAUGACAUCAUCAGCCAUGAUCACACAAGUUGUGUGACCAUUUGUCUUGAUAACCACAUUGCAUGAUGACCUUUGACCUGCCGGAAUCACAGGAAAUGGCAUCCUCAAAGCGCACACACACAGCCUGAGUU